AUGUGCAAAGCUCACUCAACAAAUGACUGGUUAAUUAUUUCACAUGAUUUGACAGAAGCCCUUUCGCAUAUUCACACAAAAGGCUUUCUUCACUGUGAUUUGAAGGCUAAUAAUGUUCUUGUGAGUAACAAACAUGGCUACAUCAUCGAUUUUGGAAAAGCAUGUGACAGCUCCUUUCCUCCUGCAAAGAAGUACAGCAUCUGUUAUCCUCAUAUUGCUCCUGAGGUUCGUAAUGGUUCUCCCUGUAGCAAAGCCAGUGAUAUUUUUUCCCUUGGUAAAAUUCUGUUCAAAGUAGGUGUUAAGCAAAACAUUCCACUUUUGGUUUCCAUGGCUCAAGAAUGUUUGGAUGCCAGCCCUGUAAGAAGACCAACAACAACAGGUAUUAUGGCAACACUGGCUUCCAUAAUAUCUCACUGA